AUACUCACACUACAUUUCCCACAAGCCCAUGAGUGACAGAUAAAUGGACGAAUCGCUCGUUUCAGGGCAACGGCUGGAACUUCAAACCGCUCUGCGGCUGCGCAGUGGACUACUGCGCUCACAGCUGUACACAUUGACCCCGAAGAGUCAGAUGCGGAGGUUUGGACAAAUCAGCCCUCAUUCAGAAAUGGAGACAUUGCUAAAAAUUGGCAGGUAGACAUCAGGCUUUCCUUCAUCUCCACUACUGCCAGUGUGCAGUAGAUAUCUUCCAUUUUCACAGACACUGACAGCAAGUUAACUACAGCUGUUCACUCCUGCCACUCCCCCUCCAAACUUGCUUCCCUACACACCUCACGGCCUUAAGUCUUCAGUAUGUAUCAUAUUGUCCCGGUGGCUCCUGGGGAGCAGCAGACAGCCGGGGGAACUGGUGGUUCUCCACUGAAGAAGAAACUGGCUCGUGAAGGUCGGCCCCUGGUGAUGGCAGGCAUGUUAGGCUGUGUGUUGGUGCUGGCUGCAGUGGUUGCCUGGUGCUACUACUCCGCGUCCCUCCGUAAAGCCCGGUUGCUGAAGGCUGAGCUGUUGGACCUGAACAAGGACGGUUUUAUUAUUCAUAACCAGACGGGGGCCGUCAUCUUCAGUAUGACCUUCAGGUCUGGCACUCUGGAUCUGGACUCCUGCUCAAAGGAGGGAAAUAUUCUGAGCUGCACUCAGUCAGAUAGUGGCAAGCUCAACUUCUUCAUCCAGACGGUUCAAACAAAAGACACCGUGAUGUGUUACCGUGUUCGCUGGGAGGAGCUGCAAAAUAAGCGCUCAGUGGAGCACGCCAUGGCCUAUAACGACUCUCAUUGGUAUGGAGGGGCAGAGACGGCAACACAGCACUGGCCUAUCAGGAUGCAGGGCGAGAAGGAGCCGCAGCCUUUCAUCACCAGUGAUGUCUACUUGAAUCGGAAUGCUUUCGGGGGAAUCUUAGAACGCUAUUGGCUGUCUUCAAAUGCGACCGCCAUCAAGAUUAAUGACUCAGUACCUUUUCAUUUGGGCUGGUCAGAGAAGGACAGGACACUGAGGUUCCAGGCCCGAUACCAGGACUCUCCCUUCAGACCCCCAGAGGGUCAGCAGGCCUUACCCGAACUCAGCUAUAGAGUGUGUGUGGGGUCGGAUGUUACCUCUAUUCACAAAUACAUGGUGCGUCGGUAUUUUCCAAAGCCUAUCAAGGUCCCAUCUCCUGAAGUGUUCAAACAGCCACUGUGGUCCACAUGGGCUCUCCACAAGACGGCUGUAACUCAGGAGAAGCUGCUGCGCUAUGCCUCUGACAUCACUAAGCAUGGCUUCACAUGCUCCCAUCUCGAGCUGGACGACCGCUACACUGCCGACUAUGGAGAGUUUGACUUUGACCCGCAGAAGUUCCCCAAUGCUAGCGGUAUGUUUGACAUACUCAGAGAGGACGGGUUUCAAGUGUCGCUCUGGACACAUCCUUUUAUCAACUAUGACUCCAUUAAUUUUGGUGUUGCUGUGGAGAAAGGACUGUUUGUUCGGGAGCCGAGCGGUGAGCUGCCUGCUCUGGUUCGCUGGUGGAACGGCAUUGGAGGAAUCUUGGACUUUACCAACCCAGAAGCCCGUGAGUGGUAUUCCUCACAUCUGAGUAUGAUCAAAACCCGCUAUGACGUGACGUCCUUCAAGUUUGGUGCAGGAGAGACAAGCUAUCUCCCACGCCAGUUUAGCACCCUGGUCCCACUGUCUGACCCCUCCAUCUUCACCCGCUACUACGCAGAGAUGGCCAUCCCAUUCAGUGAGCGUGCAGAGCUGAGGGUGGGUUACCAGAGUCAGGACAUCUCCUGCUUCUUCAGGAUCAUUGACAGAGACUCUGUGUGGGGUUAUGAGCUUGGCCUCAAGUCCAUCAUCCCGACCGUUCUGACUAUUAGCAUUCUGGGCUACCAGUUUGUCUUACCCGAUAUGAUAGGAGGGAAUGCAUACCCCAACCGCACUGCAGGUGGUUUAAAUGGCAAAAAUGUUCUGCCGGACAGAGAGCUGUACAUCCGAUGGUUGGAGCUGUCUGCUUUCAUGCCUGCCAUGCAGUUCUCUAUACCACCGUGGGCCUAUGACAAUGAGGUGGUACAGAUAGCGCAGAAGUUCACAGAGCUCCAUGAAAGUCUGGUGGCCCCAAGAGUUCUCGAACUUGCAGGCGAGGUUCUUAAAACAGGAGACCCGAUCAUAAGACCCCUCUGGUGGAUCGCCAACGUUGACGAGGCAGCCUACAAGAUCGACUCCCAGUUCCUGAUCGGGGAUGAUCUGAUGGUGGCUCCGGUGUUGGAGCCAGGAAAGCAGGAGAGGGACAUCUACCUGCCUGCAGGACGAUGGAAAAGCUACAAGGGGGAACAUUUUGAUAAAGGCCCAAUGUACCUCACUGACUACCCUGUGGACCUGGAUGAGAUAGCUUUCUUUACAAGGGUUUACUGAAGACAUUAAAGAGACAUAAACUCACACACACAUACUGUAUGCACAUGUACGUUCUUGUGAGCACACAUGCCAGGAAAUAGCAGGAGAUGUUUUGUUUUUCAAUGGGAAAUGUCAACUAGGGAAUCUGCUUCCAUAGCAGAGUGUGAUUUUUGGUAAAGGUGAACCUCAUGUCUCCUCUGACCUGCUCUUUCUUCGGUCUUCUACCUGCAGAUUAUAUCCGUCCACCCAAAGAAUUAGAAUGAAACUUGUGUUCACUUCUGAUUCUCUUGCUCCAUCCUUAAGCUGAUCCUCAUCCUCAUGUGCCUUCCACGCUCGAUGUUGUUUUAAUCCCCCACCGUCGACUUCAAGGCAGCGCUGUGACCGUUGACUUCAAGGCACCUAACCCUAACCCUAACCCUAGUGCCUUCCAUGCAGCGCUGCCUGGAAGAUGACGUUGGGGGCUUAAAACACCAAAAAAGAUCUCUGAUUGUAUCGUCACUGCAGUCUUCCACCUAAUGGACUACUAGAUUACAAAUGUUCUUCAAAGCCUACAGCUAGAAUGGUUUUGGUUUUUAGGGUGAUAUGAUAUGUCUUAUAUGUGGCUUGACAGGGUUUGGCACUGAACCGGCAAUAAAUCUGCACUCCGAGUUGGACAGAUGCACUCUUGCUCAGAGGAAUAAUAGUAAUAAUAAUGUAUACUUUAAUCAAGCCUGCAAGAGGAAUUUCAAAUUUCCACACUGUCACACACACACACACACACACACACACACACACACACAAAUAAACAAAUAGGACCUAUACACAUGCAUUAUGUUUGGAAACAUGUCAGGGUGAGGGGGCACCUCGGCAGUGCCCAGAAGGCGAACUGGCACCACUCCAGCUACCAGUCCACACACGGUACUUGGUCCAUGCACUUUAUGUCACCAUAGCAACUGCUGUAUUGUGGAAAAUGUUCUCAACUAUGUUUAAGCAAACAUGCAUUAAUUAGCAUUGCACUGACAACAUGUGACAAUUAUCAGGCACUUUCUCUUUAUGUUUAUGAACUUUUUUGAUUUUUUUUUUUUUGAUUUGGAGGAUAGUGUUUGAGUGUAUAAACAGUAAAUUCAAGGGACUGGUUUUAAAUGUACAUUACUUGUCAUGAUCAACAGACAUUUUAUAUUUUUAAGUCAACAUUCCUUGACCUGUUGUGCCAUUCUGUCAUUUCAGUGCCAAAAUCUACUGAUUUAUGCUUUUUCAUCUGUACAAGUUAAAUUCACAACUCAGGGUAGAUUUAAAAGAAAAACAUUUCUUAUGUUGUAAUUUUGUUGUUCCACAGCACAAAAUAGAUUAAUGACACUAAUGCAGCUGGUUUGCCUUGUACUGUAAGACAGGCAUUAUCCUCAAAGAUGCCAUAUUACAAUGUGUCGUCCAUGUCUUCCUUGUGACUUUAUUUGCCUUAUCAGCUGAACUUACCUAUGCCAUCCUUAGCACAAAGAACCAGUAGAGUGAUGAAACUCUCACCUCUGCACAUAGUGAUGUGCUUGAUGAUUUGCACCUUUUAUGUUUUUAAGCACUAACAUGGCAAAGUUCUUGAGGAUCUGCCAUCUGAAUACACGUGUGUCUGCUCUUAUACAGUGAUUUCUGCCAUAAAAGUAAAGCACACCACUGGUUAAGUUAUCAAAAUGCCUUGCCUGCGUAAUAAAAACUAAAAAAUGUACUAGCUAGAGUCAGCACUGUUUUUGAAAUGUUUCAAUCACUAUAUAUAGAAUUGUUUUGGGAUUAGCGCAUCUUUCAAAUUAUUGAUAUGUAUAUAUGUUGAAAAAUGAAACAAUUUCUGUAAAUUGGAAGUCUUUGUGUUGCUUUUUUUUGCAUCCCUGAUACUACCACCAGAUGUUGCCAAAGUCUUAAAUGAUAAAAUCGUACACACAGUAGCUUUAAGUGGUAAGUUAAAUGGGAAAAAAGCAUAAUUUUGGAAUAAUAUUACCCGUAUGUUUUUGUGGCCGACAUGUAGGUAAACUAGAUUAAGCAUUGUGAGAAAAACAUGUUAAAAGGGAUUUUGUCAAAACACUAAAUAAAUGAAUUGGCCAAUAUUUUA